UCCGACUAGACUAUAUAAAGUUAAUUGUGGCACUGUAUGGGUAAUGUACAUUAAAUAAAGUUGUUUAACCGAAUCCAUAUUUAAUUGUCAGUCUAUCAAGUAUAUUACAUAACAUUUGGCGACGAGGUCGGUCUUAAACAACUUAAAAGUUUUCACAUGUCACAUGUGCUCGUUUUAAGGUUAUGGUCGCAGUUGGCAGGAUAACCAAACCACAGUACAGUUUGUCAGCGAUCAGUGACAGUGGCAAGUGAUCGUGGUGUGACUCGGUCCUUAGACAAGGAAAGAGAGCUUCGGGCUGUAACAGUAAGGUUAGGGUGACGUAACCUUGUUUUUUUUUUGUUGAUGUCCAAGGAAAAAGUCAUGGCAUUAGUAGGAAACAUUGAGCAGUUUAAUGAAACAGGUGGGGAAGAUUUCAAUUCGUAUUUAGAACGACUAGAGCACCUAUUCAUAGUCAAUAAGGUAGAUGAAAAUAUGAAGAUCUCCCUGUUCAUUACACUUGCAGGUCCUAUGGUUUAUCAGACUCUCAAAAAUCUGGUGGCCCCAAAAAAACCAACAGAAUUAACAUAUGCUGAAAUAAAAAGCAAGUUAAUUCUUCAUUAUGCGCCACCUGUGUCAGAAAUUUAUGAGAGAUUUGUGUUUUAUAACUGCCAACAAAAAGUGAAUCAGUCAGUUAGUGAUUACAUGGUGGAACUGAAGAAGUUAUCCAGCACAUGUAAUUUUGGGCAAUUUUUAGAGGAUGCACUGAGAGACAGGUUUGUUUGUGGCAUGAUGGAUGAAGGUAUUCAAAAAAAAUUGCUUGCGGAAGCAGGUCUGACAUUUGCUAAUGCAUGUCAGAUAGCCCAAGCAUCGGAACUAGCCCAAAAACAGGUUAGGAGUUUAGCGGACACAAGCAGUAAUGUCAAUAGCUUAAAAAAAUCUGGCUUCCAGCAGUCUAGCAGUGAUAAGGUAAAAUGUCCUAAGUGUGGAAGGAAGCAUGAGAAAGGAGAUUGUCCAGCGUCUAGGUGGAAGUGUUACGGGUGUUCUAAGGUGGGACAUGUUAAGAGAUUAUGUCCAAACAAGAAGAAUUCAUCUACCAUAGGGGUUGUAGAAGAAAGUGAAAGUGACAGCGUGUUUCAGUGUAACGAACUCAAUGAAGAUUUGUGGAAGUUGAAUAUGUUAAAAGAUGAAGCUUCAGGGGCGCCACACAAAUUAAAACUAUUAUUAAAUGGUGAGUUAUAUAUUGAUUUUGAGGUUGAUACUGGAGCUUGUAAGUCAGUAAUAUCUGCAGAUGGUUACAAAAUAAUGUUCGGUAAUCAGGUAAAAUUAAGUCCUGUAAGUUAUAAGUUAAAUGUGGUUUCAGGGCAAGGUAUUAAAGCUAUUGGAGAAUGUAAUGUCAAGGUUGAAUUAGAUAAUAAUAAUUUUAUAUUGCCACUAACAGUAAUAGAAUCUCCAAAGCAGUUUACCCCCUUAUUGGGUAGAAAUUGGCUCAAUGUCCUGUUUCCUGGGUGGCAACAGAAGUUUUCAUCUGGAUUUGUAAAUUUCCUUCAAGGCUCAAAUACUGUCAGUGAGUUGAAACUCAAAUUUCCAGUAGUGUUUGACAAUAAUUUGUGUAACCCUAUUAAGAUAUUUAAAAUUAAUUUUAGUAUUAAAAAAGAUGCUACGCCUAUUUUUAGAAAACCUUAUUCGAUGCCAUAUGCAUUAAAACACAAAGUAGAGGAAAAGUUGGGCCAAAUGAUUAAAGUUGGGAUUCUAAAACCAGUUAGUUUUUCAGAAUGGGCCUCGCCCAUAGUAAUAGUCCCAAAAAAAUGUGGAAAUGAUGUUAGAAUCUGCGUGGAUUUUCGAGUCACUGUAAAUAAGGUCUUGAAUGUAAAUCAAUAUCCUCUUCCUAUACCAGCAGACAUUUUUGCGAGUUUAGCAGGUGGAAAGAUUUUUUGUGUUUUAGAUAUGUCUGGAGCAUACCAACAACUUCAGGUGCAUUCAGAUUCUCAAAAAUAUCUUACCAUUAACACUCACAUGGGUAUGUUUAGGUAUACUAGGCUUACAUAUGGAAUUGCUUGUGCACCAGCUUUGUUUCAAUCUGUUAUAGACCAAAUUCUCUGUGGUAUACAAGGUGUUAGUGUGUACUUGGAUGAUGUUUUGAUUGCUGGUAGUUCUUUGGAACAUGCAAAGGAAAUUUUAGGUAAAGUAUUAAGUAAAUUAUCUGAGUUUAAUGUAAAACUAAAUGUAGACAAGUGUAGAUUUUUUGAAAAUCAGGUUGAGUAUUUAGGACAUUUAAUAGAUAAAGAUGGUAUACAUCCUACUAAAGAAAAGUUAAGGGCCAUUGUAGAUGCUCCAGAACCCAGAGAUUUGACACAGUUACGUUCAUAUUUGGGUCUAAUAAAUUUUUAUAGUAAAUUUGUACCUAUGUUAUCAAGUCAGUUAAGGCCCUUGUAUAAACUUUUGGAGAGAGGUCAAGAAUUUUCAUUAAAUAAGGAGUGUAUUGAAGCAUUUGAAAAAAGUAAAAGAUUAAUUUGUGAAAAUGAUGUCCUCGCACAUUAUGAUACAAAUAAAACCAUAGUGAUAGCAUGUGAUGCAAGUGCUUAUGGAGUGGGAGGUGUGUUGAGUCAUAGAGAAAGUAACGGUCAGGAGAAGCCAAUAUUUUUUGUUUCAGGUUCCCUCAGUAAGGCUGAAAAAAACUAUUCACAAUUAGAACGUGAAGCCUUGGCUAUUAUCUUUUGCGUUAAAAAAUUUCAUAAAUUUAUUUAUGGUAGAUCUUUUAUUUUGGUCUCAGACCAUCAACCGUUAAAAAUACUUUUUAACCCAGAUCGCAAUAUUUCAGUAUUGUCUGCUUCACGGAUUACUAGAUGGAAUGUCAUUUUAUCAGCCUAUAGCUAUACUAUAGAAUAUAGAAAGGGGUCAAAGAUGUAUGAGGCAGACAUGUUAUCACGAUUACCUUUGAGUGACGUAACUGGUAUUGAUAGUUCAAUUAAUUCAUUUAAUUUAACAGAGGAUUUACCUAUUUCAUAUGAGGAUGUAGCUAAAGUCUCAUCAAAAGAUGGUAUUUUGUUACAGGUGAUGGAUUUUGUAAAAACAGGUUGGCCAAAUAAAUGUGGAGAUGGUGAACUUAAACCAUAUUUCUUGAAAAGAAAUGAACUUUCUAUUGAAAGUCAAUGUUUGAUGGUAGGUAUAAGGGUGGUAAUCCCCACUGUAUUACGUGAAAGUAUUUUGGAAUUAAUUCAUGAAGGACAUAUAGGUAUCGUACGGUCUAAAAUGUUAGCUAGAGCAGUAGUGUGGUGGCCGGGGUUGCAACAGGAUAUUGAGACAAUGAUCAAUAGUUGUCAGGUAUGUCAGAUAACGCAAAAUAAUUCUGAAAAGGCUUUAGUGUCUUGGCCUAAAACUGAAAAUGUAUUUGAACGAAUACAUGUUGAUUUUUUUUAUAAAAACAAUUGUACAUUUUUAAUUAUUGUAGACUCUAAAUCAAAGUGGGUUGAUAUACAUGUUAUGAAAAAGGGUACUUCAGUAUUACACACCUUAGACAAGUUGAAGGUAACUUUCUCUUUGAUGGGUCUGCCAGUUAUGCUGGUGAGUGAUAAUGGUCCACCGUUUAACGCUACUGAAUUUACAAGAUUUUGUCAAAACAAUGGAAUAACCAUUCUAAAAAGUCCACCAUAUCACCCUCAGUCAAAUGGGUGUGCAGAGAGACAUGUUCAAACAGUCAAAGCUGCAUUGGAAAAAUGUUCCAUUCAACAGUCGGAGCUCACUAUGGAGCAGCAAGUGGUAAAUUUCCUAUUUAAGUAUAGAAAUACACCAAGUGCUAGUACUGGGUUAAGUCCCAAUGAAAUUGUCUUCAAAGUUAAACCUAGAACCAGAAUUGACCUUUUAAAACCCAGAAAGGAAGGGAAAGUUAUGUUCAACAAAAAUGUUGACUAUGUAAAACCAGAUGUCUUUACUACAGGUGAAAAAGUGUUAGUGGGCAAAUUAGGUCCAUAUGUUCAGGACAAAUGGGUAGAAGGGGUUAUUGUAAGAUGUGUAAGUGCAACUACAUAUUUUGUAAAGGUAGAUGAUAAAAUUAUGUAUAAACAUGUGAAUAAUUUAAGAAAAUUAACUAACACACGUGUAAACUUGGAUGUUGAAAAAUGUACGGAGCUUUUACCAGUAUCACAUGCAAAUGUAGGCAAUGACAUGGUUCCUAUAGCUAAAAUUCCAAAUUCGGAUGAACAAGACAAAGGAAAUUUGAUACAGGUAAAAUCUCCAUCCAUCCAAACAGAGGCACACCCUAGUAGUAGCCUGUCACAAGCAGUUAGUGGUGACUGCGCAGUAAAUUCACCUGGAACUGAAACGUCCCUGAGACGUAGUUCCAGGAUAGGCAAAAAACGUGUUAGAUUAGACCUUUAGUUUAGUAGGGAAGGAAAUGUUGUAUAUCUGUUAGUGUUAAGUUAGUUACAGAUGGAAAUGAUGGGUAACACUUAGCAGGACUGACAGUGUGUGUCAUUUUCGACGUUAGUUAUCCAAGCUAGUGGUUAGGGAACAUACGUAUUGUAUCCGACUAGACUAUAUAAAGUUAAUUGUGGCACUGUAUGGGUAAUGUACAUUAAAUAAAGUUGUUUAACCGAAUCCAUAUUUAAUUGUCAGUCUAUCAAGUAUAUUACAUAACACAAUUUUUGAAUGUUUAGGAACACUACUUCCGACAUGUGGAAAAAAGUUAAGACAAGAUGGCAGCAGAAAAUUAAAAUGCAAUGCUGUACCAACAAUAUUUAGAGAAGAAAGCGAAAAAAAACUGUAAAUAGUAUUUAAGGCAACGAUUGUGAAUGAGUGAGAAGUCUAAUAAAGCCACGACGAGAUACUGUAUUAGAGCGUACGAUUUGGAGGUAUUUUUGAUUAGAUAAAUUUUGUAAAGUACAAUAUAAGUUAGAUUUGAUAAUGUGUAGUAUUUCCUAAUAAAUUAAAUACUAUUAAGUGUUUAUUGUUCUUGUAAGUUAGUGUGGUAAAUAAAUAAUAUGAAGUAAG